UAAUUUAAUCACAGAAUGUCACUACAGUACUGUGGACCGAAUUCGCAUGACAUGGGGUGGUCUGAGCACCAGGAAUGAAAUGUGUCUGUCAUAUCUACUCUAUUACCCAAGAAUCAACCUCACCCGAUGUGCAAGUAUUCCAGAUAUAAUGGAACAGCUCCAGUUCAUUGGCGUUAAGGAAAUCUAUAGACCAGUCAGGACUUGGCCUUUCAUUAUCAAGAGUCCCAAGCAAUAUAAAAACCUGUCUUUUAUGGAUGCAAUGAACAAAUUCAAAUGGUCCAGGUCAGAGGGUCUGUCCUAUAAUAAACUUGUGCUUAAACUACCUGUGAACGUGAGAUGUUCAAAAACAGAUAAUGCAGAAUGGUCGAUCCAAGGCAUGACAGCUUUACCCCCUGAAAUAGAGAGACCUUACAAGGCAGAGCCAGUAAUAUGCAGCUCAUCCUCCUGUUUAAGUUGCAGUUUAUUCCUCACCCUGUUGUUUGUUGUACACAUCACAGCCAGUACCACAGGAAACGUCGGGCCCUUUGUAUAAUAAUUUUUUUUCAUUUUUGUUCUAUAUGCCAUGCAAGUUCUGAUGUGUUUGCACUGUUGCUAUUGUAGAUUUAUUUUUUUUACAUAUUAAUAAACUAAAUUGCCAAUUCAAAAUAAAAUGGGUACUUC